UUACAGGAAAAAAAGGAAUUUAAAAAAUAAUUUUAUUUUGAAACACAAUAACGGAAGUUGUUUCAUUUAAUCUAGGAAAAAUUUACGGACUUUAUGGCGAGGCAGUCGGAGAGCGGUCCGACUAUCGGUAACUACAGCCAUACUCUCUGCUGCGCUGUUGGGCUCUCUUUCUCUCCAGUGUUCUGGAUAUUUUUCCAUUUUUUAUCUGUGGACUAAUCCAUUGACAAAUGUGUGUGACUCUGACCUGACUCCUGGGGAUUCCUUCUUUACCUGUGGCGCCAGUGAGUGAGUUGUCAAUACUCGGUAUCCGCUCGUCUGCGCAGUCGUGUUGUGAUGCUAACGAGCUAAGCUAACUGGAACGAACCGCUGCACAGAAGCCGAUAAUUAGCACCAGGGAGCGGAGAGACACCAGUCUGACUGCUGGCUGCCGGUUUUAUGUCGUUACCACAAACUCCCCUCAACCUCCAGACCCUACGCACCAGUCCGGGGACCAGAUAAGGAGUCCGGUGUUCGGAGUAAGGAAGCCUCGUCACAUGGACACAUUAUAUUUAAACCCACAGGAUUACUCAUCGCACAUGAUGGAGCCCUUUUCUGGAUAAAACCAUGCAUCCUGUCAAAACGGACCCAGUUUGCUGCUGCAGAGAUUGCUCGUCCUUACAAGUGGAUUUAUUUGUCACUUUUUAAGCACCAUCAGUUGGAAUUUGAUGUGGAACGUUAUCUCUUUUUUCAUUGUGCUUCCAGUGAAAUAUUGACUGAUGAGUGUAUGUGGCUUGGAUAUGCUGACAUACAAGUAAAACUUAACGUGAAUCUGCAGAGCGAGCAAAGUGAGUCCGAGGACGGCAGAGCAGGACGGGAUAGGUGGAUAGGUGUACGGAAAAAAUCCCCCUUCAAGCAGAACCAUGGCCUCUGUUUGGAAAAGACUGCAGCGUGUGGGGAAGCAUGCUUCCAAAUUCCAGUUUGUGGCUUCAUAUCAGGAGCUGAUGGUGGAGUGCACGAAGAAAUGGCAACCAGACAAACUGGUGGUGGUUUGGACACGGAGGAGUCGACGGAAAUCCUCGAAGGCCCAUGGUUGGCAGCCCGGUAUCAAAAACCCCUACAGAGGUGUGGUGGUCUGGCCGGUACCAGAGAACGUUGAGAUCACCGUCACUCUUUUUAAGGAUCCCCACGCAGAGGAGUUUGAAGACAAAGAGUGGACAUUUGUCAUUGAAAAUGAGUCUCCAUCAGGGCGGAGGAAGGCCUUGGCCACCAGCAGCAUCAACAUGAAACAGUACGCCAGUCCCAUGCCCACGCAGACGGACGUCAAACUCAAAUUCAAGCCUCUGUCCAAGAAGGUGGUGUCGGCCACGCUGCAGUUCUCCCUCUCCUGCAUCUUCCUCCGGGAGGGAAAGGCGACUGACGAGGACAUGCAGAGUCUGGCCAGUCUGAUGAGCAUGAAGCAGGCGGACAUCGGCAACCUGGACGACUUCGAGGAGGAGAACGAAGACGACGAGGAAAACAGGGUGAACCAGGAGGAGAAGGCUGCCAAGAUCACAGAGCUAAUCAACAAGCUGAACUUCUUGGAAGACGAGGAUCAGGACACGCCUGCGGCCAUGAGCACAAAUCCAUUCGACGACCCUGAUGAAGACCUUCAUCCCAACCACCUGAAUCCUUUUGAUGAUGCGGAAGAAGAAGAGCCUCCUGUCCAAACCAUCUCACAGAUGAAAGUGGACAGCAACUCCUUCUACGAUCCAGAAUCCUCCAAUCCUUUCGAUGAACCGGACGAACCGGAAACAAACGCCUUCCAAGGAAACCCCUUCGACGAACCGGACCAAGACACAGACCCUCAGCCGGACCCUGAACCACCCAAACCCAGGCAGAAAAAGGGCGUUCGGCCCGUGGACAUGAGCAAGUACCUGUACGCCGACACGUCUCGCAACGAGGACGAGGUUCUCGAUGAAUCCAAUCCUUUUUUUGAGCCAAAAACCUCGAGCCCUGCGAGGACCCCUGCUGGCGGCCCUUCGCCUGACGUGGGCAGUAGCCAGAAGAGGCGGGCUCCUCAGCCCCCAGGUCCUAGCCCUGGUCUUGGCCUCAGUCCACCUGCUCCCAAACCCAGUCCUGGUGCAGACAGGGAGAAAACCCAGCCUGUCGGGCCCAGUCCGGUGGCAGCAGUGUUGGGGAGGGAGCUGGCCUCCUCCUCCCCCAAGCCCAGUCCAAUUCCAAGUCCAGUUCUGGGAGGGAAACCCAACGCCAGUCAGUCUCUGCUGGCCUGGUGCCGGGAGGUCACCAAAAACUACCGCGGGGUCAAGAUCACCAACUUCACCACCUCCUGGAGGAACGGACUGGCCUUCUGUGCCCUGCUGCACCACUUCAGACCUGACGUCAUAGACUACAAGUCCCUCAAUCCUCAGGAUAUUAAAGAAAACAACAAAAAGGCGUACGACGUCUUCGCCAGCCUGGGCAUCUCCCGUCUCCUGGAACCCUCCGACAUGGUGCUCCUCGCCAUCCCGGACAAGCUGACGGUGAUGACCUACCUCUACCAGAUCCGGGCCCACUUCUCGGGCGAGGAGCUGAACGUGGUGCAGAUCGAGGCCAACAGCAGUCGCAGCACGUACAAAGUGGGCGACUUUGAGACCGAUACCAACGCCUCCAUAGGCCAGGACAAGUUCUACGCCGAACUCAACGACGUGCAGAACCGCCCGGCCGCCGCUCAGACCGCGGCGGCCUCUGACGUUAGCGCCGCGGCUAACGGCACCAAAGCUGCUGAGGAGGAGGAGACGGAGCCCGGUGGCAGGGCUGAAGGAGACGCAGGUUCAACAUCAGGACCGUCGCCUUCUUCGCCCCCUGUCCCGUCACCGCGCACGCUGUUCCCCUCCUCCCCCGCAGACUCUGCACAUGUGCGGCAGCCUGGCUCCGAGGAGAGGGGCCCUCUGCUCAAGGCCAACACCGUGGACACCAGCGAGUUACCGCGGAGAGCGGAGAGAGACGCGGACAAAGACGGACAGAGGAAAGAGGCGGGAGAAGAUAGAAAGGAGGGAGGAGCAGAACCAGCGUCCCCCACCAGAACCUCACCCUCGCACCAGAAACUGGGCUUCUCCUACAACAGGGACGCCGACCUCAUCAAGAAGAAAAGGGCCGUCCUGCGCCACUCGGAGUCCGAGCCGGCGUCAGACACCAGCGCCGCUCCGGUCAACCACACAGAUGCCCCUCCCAAACAGGAUUCAACACCUGCCCCCGUGUCAAGCCCUCCAGCUGAGAAGAAGGCACUGUCUCGUCAGGAGGAGCUGAAGGAACGAGCCAGACUCCUGCUGGAACAGGCUCGCCGAGACGCCGCCAUGAAGGCCGGCAACAAGAACCUCCCCAACUCGUCUGUGACUGCACUGACCAGACCCGCCAGCGUCUCUGAUGAGCGCGACGCCGAGCGGCGAAGGCAGCUGAGAGAGCGAGCCAGGCAGCUGAUCGCAGAGGCUCGAUCUGGAGUCAAGAUGUCUGACAUGAGCCUCCUGGACGGGUCCAGCACCGAGAGAGGGAGGGGCAGCAAAGCUGGAGAUGUUUUGGACAGAGCCGUAGAUCAUCGCGAAGAUGAAACGGACAGGGGUGAGGAUGAGGAGGAGGAAGGAGGCACCAGGAAGGAGGAGAACCACCGUUCUGGUGGUGGCUUCGCUGCUGCUGCUGUAGUUGAUGAUGAUGAUGAUGGAGCCAGUGUUGCUGCUGCUGCUGCUGCUGCUCCUCCCACAUCUUCCUUUGCACUGGUUACUAACCCACUACCAGCGGGUGCGUCACUUCCAACCACCUCCACCUCCACCUCCACCUCCAGCUCCAGCUCCAGCUCCAGCUCCCAGGCUAACACUAACCCCAGCUCUGAGCUAACACCUCUGGGCACCAACAGCAGACACAUGGACCUGAAGCUGAAGAAGCUGGUGGAGGUCAGUCCCAGAGGAGCCACGUCCCCGUCCUCCACCUCUUCCUCGUCCUCCACCACCGCCUCCACCACCUCCCCCCUCAGCCCAGCAGGACUGGAGAAUAACGCAGAGGAGCUGAGAGCAGAGCGUCUGCGCCGGGCGACGGAGCGUCUGCGCAGCCCCGUGGUUUUCAACGCGGACUCGGCGGUUCGUAAGACGCAGCUGAAGUCCUUCAGCCAGUACGUGGAGAACACGCCAGAGGUGAAGAGACAGAAGUCUGUCCCCGAGGACCUGAAGAGGUCGGAGGAGGACGGGGGCUCUCUGACGGAGCUGGACCUUCACAGACCCUUCGAAGAGGAGAAGGCGUUCAAAGACACCAGUCAGUACGUGGUCGGGGAGCUGUCGGCGCUGGAGAGCGAGCAGCGCCACAUCGACGCCCGAGCAGCGCGCGUGGAGAAGAGGCUGCGCUAUCUCAUGGACACAGGUAGUCCAGGCCCAAUUACACUGGAAAAACAGUUUUGGCAAAUUGAGCGUACACACACACACACACACACACACACACACACACACACACGUGUGUGA